AUGGGUCCUCUAAGAUGGUUUCUGUUCGUUUACGUUUUGGGCGGGCUGACCUUCAUCCCGCUACUUAUUGCCGCUGUGCUCGCAUUCGCCUACUACACGCUCCCUCCAGCUGACGACGAGUCAUCGACUGCGAAAGCAAAAGACUCUGCCCAGCUCCAGCGAGCUGAGGAUGAAGACCUGCUUCUUAGGACCGGCACGGAUGACCUGGCGGAGAAGUUCCACCGCAAGCAUGACUCGGACGUGGCCGCAGGUUACUUCGCCGUCUGCCGCGAAUGGGUGCCCGGAGGUGUCAAUGGGAAGCCGCCAGAUAGGCUGUCUCCUGCCGGCGAGACCAUAGCUACCGAGUCACCGAGCGUCUACCAGACUAUGUACCGAAGCCUGUUCAGCAGCUCCCAGAAGCCCACCAUCGAGCCACAGAAAGACGGCGCUGGCAAGAACAUCAAGCGCGCCAACAAUAUCUUCUUCGUCGUGCUGCGGCACGGCCACCUUAUGCUCUAUGAUGAUAACCAACAACUCGAGGUCAGAUAUGUCAUCUCUCUAGAAUACCACGACGUCGACAUCUACGCCGGCGACGAAGAGCCCAUCCCGGAAGGCGAGUUGUGGGUCAAGCGCCAUGCAAUCAGAUUGACCCGGAAGCGCUCCAAGGAUCCUUCUCAGAAGCCCUCUCUACCCUUCUUCCUUUUCGGCGAGAACCUAUCGGAGAAAGAAGACUUCUAUCAUGCCCUACUCAAGAAUCAAGAGCGUACAGCGGUGGAUAGUCCCAUCGCCGAGGAUUUCGACACUUCGUACAUUGUCAAACUAGUUCAGAAGCUUCACUCGUCCGAGGAACAGCUGCAAACCAGGUGGCUCAAUGCUUUUAUAGGCAGGCUGUUUCUUGCUACGUACAAGACACCUGAGUUUGAGGAGUUCAUCCGCUCCAAGCUGAGCAAGAAGAUCUCUCGUGUUAAGAAGCCGACCUUCAUUACCAGGAUCUCUCUUCGCAAAAUCGACACUGGCACUUCUGGCCCUUUUGUCACCAACCCUCGACUUAAGGAUCUGACCGUCAAUGGCGACUGUGUCGCCGAAGCGGAUGUGGAGUAUAAUGGGGGCUUUCGCAUUGAGAUUGGUGCAACGGCACGUAUCGACCUCGGCAAGCGUUUUGGAGCGAGAGAGGUUGAUAUGGUAUUGGCAUGCACGCUGAAAAGGGUGCAAGGCCACGUGCUUGUGCGCUGUAAGCCACCACCAAGCAACCGAAUAUGGUUCACCUUUGAGAAGAUGCCUCAGCUAGAUCUAGCUUUGGAGCCUAUCGUUUCAACACGGAAGAUUACCUACAGCGUCAUUUUAGGUGCUAUUGAGAGCAGGAUCAGAGAGGUCUUUACCGAGUCCUUGGUCAUGCCUUUCUGGGACGAUGUGCCAUUCUUUGAUACGAUGGGGCAGAAACACCGUGGCGGCAUUUGGAAACGGGAGAAGUCGGACACAUCCGUGGAGAUCAAAGAUGAUAGUCCAGAAGACGAGGCCCAGACGUCAGCAAGUGGAGAUAACGCCUCAUCGGACGUGAGCACUAUCACAGUCGACGACCGCAACUACAGCAUGCCAACUCUUGCCGGCAAUGAUCCAAACUCAACCGAUGGGCUCGACAACAAGUCAUAUGCUUCAUUACCAGUACCUGAAGUCACGCCGUCAGAAGGCGACAAGACCCCUCCAGCACGGCCUCCUCGAGCUUUGCGAGCCAUGUCCUUCGCUAAUGCUGCAGAUCCCGCAGUCACAACUAACAAUGUUGACAGCGAUGCGGGCAAGGUUGAGGCAGAUUCAACACCAAAAAGAGAUUCUGCACGCGAUAUUCUCAAGGACUUAUCCGCAAGAAGUGGCUCGCCCUUGGAUCCUCUCGGUGAUUCCCCGCCGGUGGAGCCGGCCAUGGCUGAGGCUAUGAAAGCCAGGACAGACAGCAAUGUAUCCAAGACUUCUGUGGAGAGUAUGACGGCGCCCGGUCGUGCGUCUACAGUAGAUAUGACCAGGAGUACCACGUCCUCGGCUCAUACGUCGCGUCCAGGCACACCCUCAGAAAUGAAACGAUCGUCUCUUCACGAGGAUCAAAAGUCAAACAAAGCUUUAGGUCAAGCGGCCCGGUCGCUAACGGCUGCAGACAGGAAGCAGGCACUGGCUUCCGCUACUGCUGCAGCACAGAAAUGGAGCACACUCGGCUGGGGUGUGCUGAACAGGAAUAAGCAAAAGGACAAUCAUUUGUCAGACCAUCCACCUCAGACACCAUCACCGAGUGGGCCUCCCUCAGAGCCCAUGGGACGAGGUCAGCCCUUACCACCGCCAGGACAGCCGCUUCCUGGUCCUCGUAAACAAAACACUAUCAUGUCGAACAUUCCCUUCAUGAUACCAAGAAAGCCAACCUUGCCGAAGCGGCCAGACGCUCCUGAAACUGCUGAAUCGGCAUCAACUUCGAAAUCAGCUUCUCCGAAGCCGCCUCCUCUACCAGAGCGACGGCGAAGAAAGAGUACGAUGCACAAUUCGGAAACCAGUGAGUACGGGGACGAUCUAUUGGUUGUUGAAGCACCUACGGAGUCAGGUCCCAACAGUCCUGAAGCUGAGCGAUUCAACAAUGCCAGCCGCGACGACUUCUUCGGUCACGGCGAGGAAGAAACUGAAGAGGAGAGGAGAUCAGGCCUCGACGAGAGACGCUACCAACAGCCCGUGAUAGACACUGCAAACAUAAUUGAGUCACGUGACAAGCGCCAAGCACGCACCUCCGACGUCAGUCCAGAACAAGGUGACCUGGACACAAAGCAAUACGACCGCAUGCGGGAUGACUCGCCAUCAGACAAAGAGAACAACGGCCAUCUCGACUAUUCGCGACAAAGGUCCGAGUCUGAAUUCCAGGACCCCCCACGGCCCCCUCCGCCAGCACGCACCAAUUCGGCUGCCAGCGAUCGAAGGUCGUCGAGGAUACCAGCCCCUGUAUCUAGUACGCCUUCGUCGAUCAAGAGGAAGCCGCUGUCACUGCAUCGUCAACCGAGCAACCUGUCGUCAACAUCAGGCUCAAGUCCGCAACUGGGCAGUGGCGAUUGGACGGGUAGGGACAGUGGAGGUGUGAGUCUGGGCGCGGCUGGCGAAGAGGAUUGA